AUGGUGACAGAAGAUGGGAUGAAAAUUCGACUGACUCGUCGCACCCGCAUAGUUUGCAUAUCAGAUACGCACAACUGCACCGUCAAGCUCCCCCCGGGUGAUGUUCUUAUUCAUGCGGGCGAUAUCACCAACCAGGGUAGCUAUUCAGAGCUCUCCAAAGCUGUCAAAUGGUUAGAAGAGCUGCCAUACGAGGCCAAAAUUAUUAUUGCCGGCAACCACGACAUUACUCUCGAUGCCGACUUUUACGCGAGGCACUGUCAUGAGUUUCAUAAUAACAAGAUUGAGUCCCAUGAGGAGUGUUUAUCCUUGUUCAAGAACUCGCCGUCACUGACCUACUUGCACCACGAAAUGGCAACCGUCCGGCUGUCCUCGCCGACUGGGCCGCGCACCGAGUUUACCGUCUUCGGGUCGCCCCUUGCACCAGCCUUUCGUAACUGGGCAUUUUACUACCCACCGUAUCACGAGGUCUCGUCCUCGCAUGAAGACUAUUCUAGCCGGGCCGCAGACACAGACGACGGGUAUCGUGCCUCACCGUGGGAUGACAUCCCAGCGUCCGCCGACCUUGUGGUGACUCACACACCGCCGCGCGGCCACUGUGACGAGCGUGGCGGCGUCGACCGUCCCGCAGGCUGUGAGGCCCUUCGUCGUGCGCUCUGGCGUGUGCGCCCGAGGCUGGCCAUCUGCGGCCACUUGCACGAGGGUCGAGGCGUGUCGCGCGUACGGUGGGAUCUGCACCGCGCUUAUGGGGAGCUGGAAAGCGUCGCGGCGGCGUGGCAGGACACGGGCGCGGGUAGCGGCAACAAAAUUAGUCUCGUUGAUCUAACGGUCAAAAAGGCAAGUUGGCCGCUGGAUAAUGAUGGCUUAUGGCAGGAAGAUGGCGGCCGCGCAACCUUGGCUAACGAGAAUCGUGGUGAGGGUUCUCCGUCAGGCGGAUUUGCGCCGGGCUGGUAUGGGCGGAGGGAGACGUGCGUUGUUAAUGCGGCAUUAUUGAAGAGCAAGUUUCCACAUACAGGUGGGAAGCAGUUUUACAAGCCCAUUGUGGUAGAUCUUGAUCUUCCUGUCGUUGACGGGGGCUGA